AUGUCAAAAUCGUCUUAAUCAAUAAAACUCCAAGACGGUCAAUAAAACUAAGAUAACAUAUCGUAGAUUGCAUCCCCAACUAAUGGGGGUUAGUAAUAUGAAUUACAUGAAUUACCACUAGAUCAAAGGCCAAAUAAGAUAUCAUCAUGCACAAUGCCUGUUUCAAAUAUCCUUGCACCGGAAUUGCUUUUGUUUUCAAUCAAAAAUCAGCGUCUGCAGCACAUAUAUAACGAGGAAAAAGAUGAGCUGGAGAAAUCAUUUGCAGAUGUCAAAAAGGUACUAGAUAACCGUACUUACAAGUAUGAAGUGCUCAUUGCAUUUUGGAUUACGGUGCACUUAUAGAAACUAGAGGCUGCUAAGUUAGUGUAUGAUCUAGACCCAAUAAUUGAAAAAAUGGUCACUAAUCUAAGAAGUGCGGGAUAAUACUUACUUGAUGAAAAGAAACGGAAAGAGGAGGAAACAAAGAAGAAAAGUAUGAUGGGAUUCUUCAGCAAGUCAAAAUAAAAUAACCCUUAAGCCCCCUAAACUAACAGUAACAGCAAUAAUACACAGCAAAACAAUGGAGGAUUGUCUCCCUCUCAACCUGCAACUAGCACAGACAAAGAAAAAUCUAUACCGGGAUCAUUUAGCGGAGAGGCCGCAUUGUACCGCAUGGAAAAUAAAAACGAGCUACUACCACCAGAGGAAGAGGAUAAAAAAGUUUCAGAAUCAGAUGAGUAAUAGCAAUAAAAUAUUCCACCAGGCCAUGAAGUAUCACAAAGGUACAGUCAUCUUGCCAACACUUUAAAAAAGAAAAAAGAAUCAAAGCCGGCUGAAGUCACGAACAAUAACUAAACUGGUAUCUACACAAUAGAUGAUUUGAUUGACCUAAAAUUUCUGCUCUAAUCAGAAGUAGCAAUUCCGGUUAAUACUAAUAUAAUGAGAAUCGCACUCAACUUUCUUGAGGAAAAAAUAGCAAGUCUCAUUGUGGCUUAUUACAAAGUAAAGAUUGAUGAGGAAAUGAUCCUGAGAGCAAUUAAGACCGGCCAACUCGACUUUCUGUACUGUGUGUUUUCAUACAACAGGAAUUUUCAGGAAGUUCACAAAGAAGAUGCAAAUGAAUAAGCAUAAACAGACUCAGAUGAAGGAGACAUGAAUGGGCUUCAUUACAAAAUUUUUACUUUUGACUUACUUUUCAAGAAAGUGCUAGAGUUCUGCGAAGACUAAGCAACGAUCAGGAUUAAAGCUAUUGUACAUUGGAAGAUCAAAUCAACUGGAACAAAGACUGAAUUGGUACUUAAUACGCUUAUAUUUGCUGAUUUCUCUAGAUGGUCAUAGGUCAAGCUAAGGGUAUUCAUUGACUUUAUUACAGAAAUAGUAAAAAGAGGUCAUGAGCAGAAUAGAAUUUUGCUAUGUUACAAUCCAAUAUAAGUAAUUACACUUUCUUGUGAGUUCUUGACAAAAAUCGGAAAAAGUAUAAGCAUUUUUAGAUAAGAGGGUAAGGUACUUUCUGCUAAGUUAUUGGGACUUGGUAGAAGAAUAAUCGAUAACAUGGAUGAAGAAGUCAUUCCUAAGGUCUUUCUAGAUAUAGAUUUUAAAGAUCGGACAGUGCUUAAGAUAAUCACAUCAAAUGGCUAUGUACCCUUGAUGUAGAAUGAAAAAGUUAGUGUUCUUUUAGAGGAAAUUUGGGUAGCUCUUUUCAAACAAGCGAACUUUGCUGACUUGGAUGAUGAUGCCAGAUCUCUUAAAGUUAAAGAAAAUAUUGAUAUCUAUAAUCAGUUCAAUUAUUAUGGGACAUUAUUGUCAGCUACUCUAUUUCUUCAUGUUAUUACAAAGUAACUCUUCAACAUUUUUGCUGAAAUUAAGAUGCCCUACGAUAAAUGGACUAUCAUUGAUAUUAUGGCAGCUUUUAUGAACUUAAUUUGCUUUAAUUUGGUUGGAAAUGUGACUGAAUAAUAAAUAUUAGAUUAGAAUCAAAAGAAAACUUUGGAUUACUAUGUAAUUAUUGUCAUUUUGCUCUCAUGGACUAGAUUUUUUAUGUACUUCCUGGUAGUCAAGCCAAUUUCUAAAUUGCUCAUGAUUUUGAUUAGAGUUGUACUGAAUACUAUGACAUUUAACUUCAUUAUGUUUUCUAUAGUGAUAAUCAAUGUAUCAAUAUUCCAGCUAUACUUUCAAGAGACGAGUCCGUUAUUCUACAACUUGGCUAUAACUUUUAGGACCUUAUUUGAUGCAUUGAUUGGAACCUAUGCUUAUUUAGUGAUUGAAGAUAUGGCUCUUUUUUCUAUUUUCCAAAUCAUUCACAUUUUCAUAACCAAGAUAGUCUUGGUUAAUUUCCUUGUUGCAAUAUUGGAGUCUACUUUCAAAGAAAUGUAAGAGUAAGGUAACUUUGCCUUCCAAGUUAAUCAGUAUCAAUUUAUUGAGAGAUACUCUAUCGCUAUGCAAGAUGAGUGGGGCUAUUCUUAGCUAGUAAUUCUUCCACCGCCCAUUAACUUUUUCACAAUAUUCCUCAUUCCAACUGUAAUGAGAAAGGGACUUAUGAAAAGAGCAUCCGAAGUUUUUAGCAAGUUCAUUUUCUGGUUUGAAAAUAUGUUCUACCUCAUGAUUAUGCUUAUAUACUUGUUAAUGCUUGUUCCAUUAAUAUACUUGAGAAUGAUUUAUAACAUAGUCAAGUUGGCUUCAGUCUUUAACUUGAUUUGGCUUUUAUCACUUUGGCUAUUGUUUGGACCUAUCUUCUUGAUUUAGGGAGUGGGCAAGGACAUGUUUUACUUUAUGAAAACUUUAUGUGAUUAUAAAGAUGAGAAUGAUUAAAACUAGGAAAAAGAAGCAGAGGAUUUCAAACAGGAUUUAAUUGUGCUUUAUAACGAAAUCUUAGAAGUAAUGAGAGCUAUCUUGCAGUUAUUUAAAGAGAGAAAUCAAGCUCAUAGAAGGAAAAGAUUAAGAAUGAAGAAAAAGUUGAUGAAAUCUUAAACUUAGAGGUAAAAACACUAACAAGAAAAUAAUCCAGCUAAUUUAAAGAGGCAUUUUCUUGAUGAUGACCUUGAAGAAGAUGAUUAGGGUUUUACAAUCACUAAGGAACUUAUUAUAGAGGCUUGGAGUAAAUGGAGACCUUCUUCAUCUCAGUAGAACUCCAAGCUUACAACACCUGAUUAAUCUUUGAUAAAGGAAAGAUAAAAAAAUCCCAAUAAGAGUAAGGAUGCUAGAGCAAUUUUCGGAGAUAUUUUUAUGGCUAAACUUCUAUCAGGCAUUAAAAUGAAAAAUUACAACUAAAAAAAAGAAUAUAAACCGAAGGAAAAGUAAAUGGGUACUUAGAAUGGGAAAAAUAAAAAUGAAUUUGUAAACAACUUUACUUACAAACUCAAAGAGUAAUUGCUCGAAGAAGAGAAUGAGCAGAAAAUGCAAAAAAUACCUAAAGAUGAGUUGCAAAUUAUGCAGGAAUUUCUAAAUAGAUUUUUAUUCGUUUCUGAUACUUCUUCGAAAGAAUCAAUGGAUCUCAAGCUUUCCUUGAAAUCUUUACCUUUUAAAGUUAAUGAUCACAAUGUCUACAGAAUAGGAAUGAUACACUUUAAUAUGAUUUAAAAAUCCCUGAUUGCCUUCUAAAAUGAUGAUUAAGACGAGCUAUUUAGAUACUAUGACAAUCGAAACAAGACUAGAUAUAAUAAGCUUAAUGUCAAAGCCUCAGAAACCAAGUUUGACACCUAAAAUUUGAGGUAGCUUGGUAGCUCUCUUCUGAGUAUUCUUAAUAAGAUUAACUUCAUUGGGAAAUACUUUAAGAACACUAAUAUUCUUAAUAAUGCUCCUGCUGAAUUCAAGAAGUUUUAUGAAAAAAAGAGGUUAUAAAAAGUUCACCCUGAGGGCAGAGGAAGGCGGCAAACUAUUAUAAGAAGAUAAAGUUUUACUGAUAAAGUAAAAGAUUAGAAAUUACCGCCUAUUCAUCCAAAAAGAAACAAAGGUCAAUUCCAGAUUUGA